AUGCGAAAGGAUAUGUUUCUGCGCAUAGUGCGAGACAUAAACUCCUUUGAAAGCAUUGAACCGCUACCGAAACACUUUCAGUUCUUCCACAAAGGCCCGACAGAUGCUAGUGGUCGUCCCGAUUUCAACAUUUUCCAGAAAUGUACUUCUAUCAUACGCCAGUUAGCGUAUAACUUUAAGGUUGAUGCUUUAGAUGAAUACUUGCAAAUGGCUCAAGAUACGGGCUACCAGUGUUUAAACGCUUUCUGCAAGUGUGUUAUACAACUCUAUAGUGACGAGUAUUUGAGAAAGCCAACAGAAGCAGAUAUCGAGCGGUUGACUGCUAAAUGUGUUGAGGUUCAUGGGUUUUCGGGUAUGCUUGGUAGCAUAGAUUGCAUGCAUUGGGGUUGGAGGAACUAUCCAGUGGCAUGGCAAGGGCAGUACACCCGAGAAUGGGAUACUCUUGUUAAGUCAUUCAAGUGCCCACUAGACCCGAAAACCACCAAGUUCAAAAGAUACCAAGAAGCUGUAAGAAAGGAUGUCGAACGAGCAUUUGGGGUUCUUCAAGGUCGUUGGCAGAUUAUUGAAAAAUAUGCGCGGCCAUACAGUACGAACAAAAUAAAACAGAUCAUGUUAUGUUAUGUGAUUCUCCACAACACGAUCGUUGAAGAUAACGGGCACGCAAUUACAGAGUUUGAAGAAGAGUUGAUAGCUAAUACUAGACUCCCAACCCGUACGUGGACUGAAAGGUGUUCGACGCAGCUUCGUAUGUACAACGAGUUGCGUGAUAGAAGGGCUCACCAUCAACUCCGCAAUGCUCUGAUUGAACAUGUUUGGAAUCUCCGGGAACACGGCCAUCAACGUUGA